UCAAGUACGAUCAUUCAUUUCAAACUCAACUAUUAUCAGUUUGUUUGAUACCGUAUCAACUGCUGUUUCCGAUACGUUUCAAAGUGGUGAAUAAAAAUUCCUUUAUCUUUCACUUUAAACAUGAUUGUCACUAUACAGUUGACCCAGUCUUAGCUUAAAAAUGGAGAAGGUCGGCUUUACGUUAAUAGCUCUGUUGUGCUGUUAUAGUUCGACGGUGUAUGCAACAAAAGACUACACACUGAAGUACGAUCUAACAAGCAAAACACUGAAUGUAUCUCUUGGUUCCAAACUGAUUCUUCAACACAGCCCUUCGUCGUCGAUGUUUUUUGUAGGAAAUGGUCAAGUGAACUUCCGGGAAUUCAGGGGGAACUUUUUUAUCAAUAACUACGUCGGGGACAAGAUUCCAGCAACCUCUUUUACUGUGAACUCUACGGCGAAUUCAGAUAUAAUAUCGUUUAAGACAGAACAAUCGCGGGUUAAAGUUACUCUCGAAACUAAAGAUAGUCAUCCGUUGGUGGUGAGUUUCGUCACUGGUCCAUUCUUUAACGAUUUCUGGCUACGUGUAGUAGCGUCCCCCGAUGAGAGGGUUUAUGGUCUAGGGGAACAAUAUUCUUAUCUUAAUCUCCGUGGAAGGACAUAUCCUAUCUGGACAAGAGAACAAGGUGUUGGCAGGAACAAAAGCAACAUUGUCACUUUCUUUGCCGACAAUCUCGCUGGUGGUGCUGGUGGCGACUACCACACGACAUAUUUCCCGCAGACGACAUUUGUAAGCAGCCGAAACUUGUAUUGCCAUUAUGGCGGCUACAAUUACGCAGAAGUCAACCUGCAGCCACCAAACUUUCACGAGAUUUACGUGAAUGGACCUGUCAGCAGCUUUUACUUCCAGAGCAAGCCUGAUCUCAAAAGCCUUGUCGGGUUACUUACACACUAUUUAGGCACCCAGCCUAAACUUCCCGACUGGGUCUAUACAGGGGCAAUUCUGGGAGUGCAAGGCGGAACAGAAGUGAUGUUACAACGUUACAAUCAGGCUAAGCAGAAUGGUGUUCCGGUCAGUGGUCUAUGGAUCCAGGACUGGGCUGGUGUACUGAAGACAUCGUUUGGUUCCCGACUCUUCUGGAACUGGAUAUGGAACCAGACCGUUUACCCAGAUUUAGACAACGAGAUCAAGCUAUUAAAAGGCAACGGAACACGUGUUCUUGGCUAUAUCAAUCCAAAUUUGAAUUCUAAUGGCGACUUAUACACACAAGCCGCAAAAGGAGGCUACCUCAUUAAAAAAAGUGACGGUACACCGUAUCUAACAGAUUUUGGAGAGUUUAACUGCGGAACUGUGGAUUUAACGAACCCAAAUGCGAGAAAAUGGUAUAAAGAGGUGAUUCAGACGAAUAUGAUUGACCUCGGUCUUAGUGGAUGGAUGGCAGAUUUCGGAGAAUAUGUUCCAGCAGAUGGCGCAGUUUUCUAUAGCAAUCAAACAGGGAGAGAAGUUCACAACCAGUGGCCAACGCUGUGGGCUGAAGUUAACAGGAACGCUAUAGAUGAACGCAACGUCACCGGUGACGUUGUGUUUUGGAUGAGGGCUGGAUCUGCAGGGACUUCUAAGUAUACGACACUUAUGUGGGCCGGGGACCAAAAUGUCGACUUUAGUUACGGUGAUGGCCUCCCUUCGACAAUUCCAGCAGCUUUAAACAUGGGAAUGUCAGGAAUCGGGAUAACCCAUUUCGAUAUAGGGGGAUAUACAACAGCGGCACAGUUUCAGAAAUUCGGACAAGCUUUAGUCCGGACUGAAGAACUUCUGCUACGAUCUGCUGAGGCAGCCAUAUUUACGCCGAUGUUCCGCUCUCAUGAAGGAAAUCAGCCAAAAGCUAACGUUCAGUUUUACACCAAUGACUUCAUAGAGAAGAGUUUUGGUCGGCUUGCUCAAAUCUUUGUUCAUAUUUCAAACUACACCAAAAGUGUUGUACGUGACAACCAUGAUCUUGGAAUCCCCGCACAGCGGCCCUUAUUCAUGGAAUUCCCAACAGACGACAUUUCUAAGAGCGUAUCUUAUCAAUAUAUGUUUGGUUCUGACUUGUUAGUAGCACCUGUAAUACAAGGAAAUGUUGAGACAAUGAAUGUUUACUUGCCUCCCGGAGACUGGAAAUUUAUUUGGGACAAAAACGAAUACAGUGGCCACAAUUACUAUAACGUUACAGCUACAAUGGGAAUGCCACCGGCCUUCUAUAAGAAGACUUCCGAGUAUGCUUCAAUGUUUUCAGAGAUCCAGACAAAGUUCCCACCUCUUCCUCUCCCACCUGCAACAACGACUAGUCAACCGAUAACAACCGGUUCCCCCUGUACGUCUGGUAGCUCAUCAAGUUUAGGUGGUGUUUCAAUCUCGCUAAUCGUGUACAUGUAUCUCAUUUGUGUCAUUUUGUGUUUUUCGCCCUUGAAAAGUUUUCUUUAAGUUCACGAACUUAUUUCAGAAUAUGUAAUUAAUGAAAUAUACUCGUACAUGACGAUUCGACUCCUCCAUGCCUAAUUACCUACUUAUCAUUUUAUAUUAUUAUUUAGCCUUUCUGAAAUCAAUGUUCCUAUGUUUUUGCAUUCAGGCAAAACAAUGAAUAAAUACCUGUUAAAAAUACAUAUACAUGUAGAACUGGGA